GAUCUCCCUCAAGAAAUCUUCAGCAAUCUGGCAAAACUCAAAAUACUGCUUUUAUCCAACAACCAACUAAGAGAUUUACGGCCAACGAUAUUUGCUAACCUAACCAAGCUAAAGACAAUAAAAAUUGAAAAGAAUGAGAUAAAGGAGCUGCAUCCUCAACAGUUUCGGGGACUGGUAAAUCUGUAUGACCUCUAUCUAUCGGGAAACAAACUCAGAUACUUCCCAAAAGGAAUUUUUAAAGGCUUAAAGCAGCUAUUGAUUAUAGAAAUUCUUGAAAACGAAAUGACUCAGGUAACCAUAGACAACUUCAAAGAAAUCAAACAGUUGAAAAUUCUGUAUAUGCAGUAUAACAAGAUGAGGGAGAUUCCAUAUGGUUUUUUCGAUAUGUUGAAGGAUAUACAACGAGUGAGUCUCGACACAAAUCUGAUGUGUUGUCAUAUGCACAAGGAGGACGCUGACUGUGCUUUCACGUACAACGACGACUUUGCCAACUGUGAGAGCAUGUUUAAGAAUUCUGCCCCAAGGAAGAGUAUCUGGGUGAUAGGAGUAUUUUCUCUGGUUGGUGCAGUGUUUGUUGUCACUUGGCGAGUGAUCUUUAAAGAAAAGAACGUGGUUCAGUCCAUCAUGUUGCUCCACUUAGCAGUGUCCGAUGGUUUGAUGGGUAUUUACCUGAUCUCUCUUGGCACUAAAGAUCUGUUGUGGAGAGGAGAGUAUUACUUGCAUGACUUCCAGUGGAGGUCUGGUUUGUCUUGUCAAAUAAUUGGAGCGAUCUCCCUUCUGUCAAGUGAGGUUUCGGUUAUGAUGAUGACACUGAUAUCUGCUGAUCGGCUUAAAAAUAUUGUGUUUCCUUACCAAGGUGCUUCUCUGAAACCAAAGGCAACACAUAUCCUGUGCAUCAUCAUAUGGGCAAUUGGCUUCCUUAUGGCCUUUUUGCCUAUGUUUGGUAUUCAGUAUUUUGAAGACCCAUUCAGGUACCAUAGUUACUAUGGUAGAAGUGUGGUAUGUCUGCCCUUGCAGCUUACUUCUGAUAAGCCGGCAGGUUGGGAGUAUUCUGUUGCUAUCUUUCUCGCUUUGAAUUUUGCUUUUUUCUUGUUCAUCAUGGGUGCUUAUCUCAUGAUACUAGUCAAGUCUUACUUGUCUAGCCGGCGACUGGCCCGUCAGGGUACUGAAAGAGAGAUCCAGGCCAGAAGAGCAAACUUUAGGAGGGAAACGGCUCUUGCAAGGCGGGUGUUCUUCAUCAUCCUGAGUGAUUGUGUGUGCUGGAUGCCGGUGAUAGUGAUUGGUAUGAGGACCAUCAUCGAGAAGUCUUACGAAGCGCAAGGAGACCUCGCUGUCUGGAUCGCUGUAUUUGCCCUUCCGAUCAACUCGGCCUUGAAUCCUAUCCUGUACACCUUGUCAACAGAACAGGUCAGAGGCAUUCUGAAGAACAAAAUGGAAAAAGUCUGGAACUACUUGAAGACCGUUUUCACCUGCUGUGGUCGGGAUCAGGAAGGCCAAGGAGAUGGGGAACAACCGAACCAACCGGGAGUAGAAGACAAUGGACAACAUGGCGGUGAGGGAGGUAAAUCCUAACCCGUAUUUCUAGAAAUAUCGUGAAAACUAUAAACGAG